GUUUGCCAGAAAAGGGCUAACACAGACCGUAUGCCUUCUGUCCUCAAAAUACGAAUCUGAUCUGAGCUCAUACCGUCAUGCGCUGUAUUUGAAUGUUGCGUUACUGAGUAUUAGUGCAUUUUCUUAACAAGCUCGUUAUGUACUAUCGUUACUUGCAAAAUAAUUUAAAUGGAUGGAACUAAAACCAUUAGGCGAAGAACACAUGACUAUGAAUUCAACGAAAAUAGUCAGUUCAAACGAAAACGAAAACGAGAAACUGAAACAGAUAAUACAAACUCAGUGGAAAUUUUAGGUGAAUCUCAUGUAAUAUUCACAUCAAAAAAUGCUGGAAAUAAUCAUUAUUGGAGUCAAGAUACUUCAAGACAUAAUACAAAAUGUUUUUUUCCAAAUGGAACUUAUGGUGAAUCAAGACUUGUUGAGAAUAUACAAAAUAAUAAUAAUAAUAACAAUAGCAGUGGAAGACGUUUUUUGUCUAGUCCACAAAAUGGACACAGCAAAGAAAAGCUUCCUAAUUGCACUAUUGGACGUACAACAGCUGCUGAAAUCCAUUCUUCACUACCGUCACUGCCUCCUAGCUUGAGGGAAUCGGAACGCAUGUUGCAUGUUCAACGUUGGAUAAAUAGUAUCCCACCUGAUUUACCAUCCUGGAUACAAGUAUCACAUAAUAAAAUAAUCCCGGUUACUAAUCCACAUGAAUCUUAUGCUGAAGUAGAAGAUUCAAUCAUAUCUGAAAUUCCAGAUACAUCAGAUCUCGCUUCUAAUCAUGAUAUUUUAGACUGUAAUCCUGGCUGUAAUUUGAAUUCUGUCAAUCAAACUAUGGAUUAUUAUUCUAAACAACCAAAUAAUCAUUCAUCUAAUCCUUCUACACAAAAUCAUUAUCUAAAAUUCCUGGCGUUUCAGUUGCUCCUCCUUUACAACCACCUCCGUUUCCACCGUUACCACCACCGCCUAUGCCACCUCCGACACAUUCACAAUCAUCUCUUCCACUUCAAUUGCAUUCAUCUGUUCAACAUGGGCAUAGCAGUAAUAAUAAUAAUAAUAACACUUCUUUAGGUAUAAUUCCUUCAAAAUUUUCUACUAUACCAAGUGGUAGUACAGUUAACUCUCAUCAAAAUUUACUUACUCCUAUACAGUCAAAUCAGGAUAUGAACCUAUCGAAUCAUCCUCAUCAACAUCCGCAUCAAUAUUGUAUGAAUAAUGAUCAUAAUCAAUUGAAUUAUUCAUCUAGAGAUACAUUACUAAGUCAUCAUAUUGAUGGUGAACCAAAUCAUACUAAUAAUAGUAUUCACAAUAGUCAAAGACAUCCUAUUGGCGAUUCCAUGAAUUCAGGUGGACGAUUAUUCAAUGAUAUGGAAAUUCAAAUGAUAGUUAAGACGACACAACAACAGCCUAGAAAACGAGAGUUUAUUACUAAUACACGAUGAAUUGGUUGAACCGUAACAACAAAGACAACGCUAUAAACAAGUUGGGAUUAAACGAACAAACUUCCAUUUUUAAAUACAUUACCUUUAAUAAAGCGCCUUACAGUCAUAUACACACACCCUUCACAAAAAAAUCUGCUUGAUCAAUAUUGUGUAAACUUGAAAUAAUAUCCUCUUAUUUUUGUACUUUUAAAAAGAUGAAAUUCACCGUUGAAUGAGUUAAUGCAAAUGAAUUAUUAAUUGUAAAUUAAACAUUUUGAAAAGUGUGAAUACAUAUUUAUUUACAGUUUUAUAUGCUCACUUAAUAAGAUAUAAA